AUGUUUCCACCGCUCGUUCUUUGGCUGUUCUUGCACACCCUCGCCACUGCUACUGAUUGUCCUUCGGGAUAUACACUGGACACCGGCCCUAUUCCUGAAAAGCAAAACAUAGAAUGGCAACUGUGCGAUGAAAAUCAGAUGACGGUAUGGGGAUUAUCGACACCCAAUUUGGAGUGUGGCUCGAUAAGGGUUCCCCUUGACUACACCAAUGCCUCACCUGGUGUCCUCACGCUACAACUUACACGGCUACCGGCUGAUUCUGCCGUUUCAAAUGGAAAAUCGAUCGUCAUGAAUUUUGGAGGCCCGGGGGAGCGUGGACUUAGCGCUUUGGAUCAAAGCUACCUCGAGGACUCUGGGAACGCGUAUCACAUUGUGUCAUUUGAUCCCCGAGGUGUGGGGAUCACCAUUCCUUAUCAGUGUCCAACCCUAACAACCUCUGACAUCGGCGAGCAAGCACAGCAAGACAUUUUGCUCCCUUUCGACAAUCCCGUUGCACUGAGUGCGCGAUACUCGAUAUUCACGGAGCAGGGGGAAUUAUGCGGCAAGACAGAAUACAAUGAACUGGGUGAGCUCAUCGGCACCGCCUUCGUUGCGCGAGAUAUCAAAGCCAUCUUUGAUGCAUUAGAUGAGGAUGGCUAUAUAAGAUACUGGGGAUACUCCUAUGGCACGGUUCUCGGUGCCACCCUAGCAGCAAUGUUCCCGGACAAGAUUGAUCGAAUGGUUUUGGAUGGCAACAUCAAUCCUACAGAGUACUACCACGGCCUCUUUGAGGAGUCUGUCAGUAACAACGACCCUGCUCUGCAACACUUUUUUGAGACAUGUGCCGAGGCGGGUUCAGAGUACUGUGCAUUUGCUGUGUUUGCAUCAUCAGGGGAUGAGCUUCAGAACCAUUUCUACGAACUCCUUGAAAAUUCUAGAAAUCGAACUUUUAGAUUGGUCGAUGUUGAUGGGAAUGGAGUAGAUUACAGUUACAACGACAUUCAAGGCACCAUGUGGGGCACACUCAAGGAAAGCCCAAGCGGGUGGAACAGGACUGCGCGGAUCAUUGCUGAUUUCUACCAGAAUCUCACAGGUUAUCCCACAGACAUAAGUUGGGAUCAUAGUAGCACAGGUCCCGGUGACGAAUCAACUGGAUCAGAUACCUUGAAUGCAAUUACAUGUGGCGACUGGGAUGACAUCGAUGGUACUCUAGAAAACUGGGAUUACUGGUUGAGUCUCUACAAGAACAGGAGUAGACUCGGUGCACCACCACAAAUCGAUCUUCUUUACCAGUGCUCGACCUGGCGUGUGAAUGCUCGAGGUAAGUACACGGGCAAGUUCACGGAUGUUGAAACUAGGACACCUAUUCUCUUUGUGAACGGUCCAUACGACGUCGCCACACCCCUUACGUCGGCCCAGAAUUCAAGCGCAGGCUUCCCUAACAGCAAAGUGCUCACUCACGGUGGUGUGGGCCAUUGCUCCGAUCGGGAGAAAUCAGAUUGCACGGUGAACAAGGUCAGGUCCUACUGGCAGACAGGAGUGCUACCAGAUGUCUCUGAAAUUUGUCCACCUAACAACAAAAACCCAUGGAUUGAUGAUGCCGGGGAUUUCUCACGCCAGAGGCUACGGAAACGGGCUCGAGCAACUCAGACUGUCGCACCUGACGCUCGGGUUCUGCCAGACAUUAUCGAACGAGAUAAUACCGAGCCUUCGACCACCAUAGCUUCCGAUCUAUCCAUCCCAGCCACUUGCACGCCUCUGUCUGGCGGCAGCAGUAAUACAAGUCCUGCGCAGCUGCAGCAAAGUCUCAAUGAUUUUCGGGAGCUUUGUGACGGUGUAGGCAAUGAUAAGUGGCUGUUAAGACUGAUGUGCGACAGCAUAGGAUAA